AUGUCUAAUUACUUAGACAGCUGCGGAAUUCCCAGUACCUCCCCUGUUGUCACUGGCUAUGCUAGGAUAGUCAAUGGUGAAGAGGCAGUUCCUGGAUCUUGGCCCUGGCAAGUCUCCCUUCAGGACAAUACUGGAUGGCAUUUUUGUGGUGGUUCCCUAAUUAACAGCAACUGGGCGGUAACAGCAGCUCACUGCACUGUUGGUUUAAGCGACCGUGUUGUUCUUGGAGAACAUGACAGAAGUUCCUCUGCUGAACCAAUCCAGUCCCUGGCCGUAUCACAAGUUUUUACUCACCCAAAUUGGGAUUCCAACGCCAUCAAUAAUGACAUUUCCUUGAUAAAACUAGCCACUCCAGCUGUUAUUGGCUCAACUGUAUCCCCAGUGUGCUUAGCUAAUCCUGGUGAAGUAUAUGAUGAUGGCCGCAUCUGUGUUACAAGUGGAUGGGGAAAGACAAGAUGGUUUGCCCUUACCACCCCUAGCAAAUUGCAGCAGACAGCCCUGCCUGUGUUGUCUAAUGAACAAUGUAAAACCUACUGGGGUACCAACAUCAGUGAUGUCAUGGUCUGCGCUGGAGCUGCUGGGUCAUCUUCCUGCAUGGGUGAUUCUGGUGGACCCCUUGUGUGCCAAAGAAAUGGUGCUUGGACCCUGGUUGGUAUUGUAUCUUGGGGAAGCAGUACAUGCUCAACAUCUUCUCCAGGGGUCUAUGCCCGUGUGACUGAGCUCCGUAACUGGGUGGACCAGAUUGUUGCUUCCAAUUAA